GAUGCCACCCUGAUAAAACAGAGAAAGAUUUGAAAUACUUUCAAACACUCAAAGACAAAUUUCAGAAGAGACCUAUACUGGACAGAAUGUUUGCUUCGACGUCACAAAGAAAUGAUGAUGGUUUGCCGGCUUCUUACAAUAUCUCGUUACUUAUAGGAAAAUCCGGAAAACCGCAUACUAUCGGAGAGAAGUUAAUUUUGCCAGCCGUUGAAAAGGUUUUAAAAACUGUUUUACACAAACCCGCGUCUGAUAUCAUUAAAAGAAUUCCCUUAAGCAACAAUACUGUUGAAAGACGUAUUGAUGAAAUGAGUUCUGAUAUUGAAAGCUUCUUAUGUAAUUAUUUGCAAACGACCCAUUUCUCUAUACAAUUGGACGAGUCAACUUUACCUGAUAAUGCAGCAUUAUUAUUGGCAUAUGUUCGUUUUAUUAUGAAUCAAGAAAUCUACGAAGAACUGCUCUUCGCAAGAACUUUGAUAACCGACAUUAAAGGUGAAUCAAUAUUUCAUGUUUUGAAGGAUUACUUCAUUGAAAAAGCAAUUCCUUUAUAAAAUAUAAUAUCAGUACUUACAGAUGGAUUACCUGUCAUGGUUGGACGUUAUCGUGAAUUUAUAAGCUAUUUAAAACAAAAUGUGUCAGGGGUGUUAGCAAUACAUGCGUCAUCCAUCGACAAUGUUUAGUUGCUAAAAAUUUGAGUGUUAGAUUGCAUGAAUCACUUCAUUUAGUCAUUGAUGCAGUAAACCGAAUCCGAAGCAACGCGUUGAAUACGCGGUUAUUUGCGCAGUUGUGGGAAGAAAAUGACGAACACUUUCAUCAAUUACUCCUUCACACUGAAGUACGCUGGCUGUCGAAAGGCUUAUGUUUGACAAGAUUUGUUGCACCUUUUGAGACUAUUUUAGGAUUUCUGGUUACUAAAGAUAAAAUUUUAAAAGAAAAUUUAAUGAAAGGAAAACAGACAUCGAUUUGUUUACAAAAUUUAAUAUGGUUAAUUAGCAAUUACAAGGCGACAGUUUAAAUUUGAUUAAAACAAAGUCCAUCUUAUCAGCGUUUCUUGCCAGAGUUAAACUAAUGGAGCAAAAUAUUGGACGGGGCGAAUUUUCUCAGUUC